GAGGAGUUUACUGCAUGUCUCUUUCAGUGAGGGUGACUGCUGCUCUCUCUCUCCUGCUCCAGUAACUGGAGGCGCAAGUUCCUUCUUCACCAGCCUCAACUUCAUUAAUCAGGUUUGGGCUGUGUACUGCUGCUACAGCCAUGGCACCCAAAAAGAAUAAGACGACCAAGAAGAGCAAAGGAGACAUAAAUGAGAUGACCAUCAUGGUGGAGGACAGCCCCAUCAACAAGAUCAACGGCUUAAACACUCUGUUGGAGGGAGGAAACGGCUUCAGCUGCAUCUCCACUGAAGUCAACGAUUCUGUGUACGCCCCAAACCUCCUGGAGGGUUUGAGCAACAUGAGACAGGAGAGCUUCCUCUGUGAUCUGACCGUCGCCACCAAGUCAAAGUCAUUCGACGUCCAUAAGGUUGUCAUGGCCUCCUGCAGCGAGUACAUUCGAAACAUCUUGAAGAAGGAUUCAACCCUCCAGAAGAUCGAACUGAAUGAUCUCUCACCGGUCGGCCUUGCCACAGCGAUCACGUACGCUUACUCUGGAAAGCUGACCCUGUCGCUGUACAGCAUCGGGAGCACCAUCGCUGCAGCAAUGCUGCUGCAGAUCGGCACCUUAGUGAAGAUGUGCAGCGACUUCCUCAUGCAGGAGCUCAGCGUGGAGAACUGCAUGUACGUGGCCAACAUCGCUGAUGCCUACGACCUCAAAGAAACCAAGGAAGCAGCUCAGAAGUUCAUGCGGGAGAACUUCAUUGAGUUUUCUGAGAUGGAACAGUUCCUGAAGCUCACCUACGAGCAGAUCAGUGACUUCCUUGCUGAUGAUUCCCUGCAGCUUCCUUCUGAGAUCACGGCCUUCCAGAUUGCAAUGAAGUGGUUGGACUUUGAUGAGAAGAGGUUGAAGUACGCUGCAGAUCUCCUGACCCACAUCCGAUUUGGCACUAUCUCCGCCCAAGACCUGGUGAAUCACGUCCAGAGUGUGCCCAGAAUGAUGCAAGACCCCGAGUGCCACCGUCUUCUUGUCGAUGCCAUGAACUACCACCUGCUGCCUUACCAACAGAACAUCCUCCAGUCACGCAGAACAAAGGUUCGUGGCGGCCUCAAGGUGAUCCUCACAGUCGGUGGACGCCCUGCCUUGACGGAGAAAUCCCUCAGCAAAGAUGUUCUCUACAGGGAUUCAGAUAAUGUGUGGAAUAAGUUGACAGAAAUGCCUGCAAAGAGCUUCAAUCAGUGUGUAGCGGUCUUGGACGGCUUCCUUUAUGUGGCAGGUGGUGAGGACCAGAAUGACGCAAGGAACCAGGCCAAGCACGCCGUCAGCAACUUCUGCAGAUUCGACCCUCGCUUUAACACUUGGAACCACUUGAGCAACAUGAUCCAGAGGCGUACCCACUUCAGUCUCAACACAUUCAACGGUCUUUUGUUUGCCAUCGGAGGGCGUAACGCUGAUGGCGUCCAGGCCUCAGUGGAGUGCUACGUGCCCUCAUCCAACCAGUGGCAGAUGAAGGCACCCAUGGAGGUUCCUCGCUGCUGUCAUGCCAGCUCCCUCAUCGACGGCAAGAUCCUCGUCUCAGGAGGUUACAUCAACAAUGCCUACUCCAGAGCUGUGUGCUCGUACGACCCAUCCACCGACACCUGGCAGGACAAGAGCAGCCUGAGCACGCCUAGAGGCUGGCAUUGCGGCGCCACAGUUGGCGACAGAGCCUACGUCAUCGGUGGCAGUCAGCUGGGAGGUCGUGGGGAGAGGGUGGAUGUCCUCGCCGUUGAGUCUUACAACCCUCACAGCGGGCAGUGGAGCUACUGCGCGCCUCUUCACACGGGAGUGAGCACAGCAGGUCUUUCCAUUUUGAACAACAAGGUGUAUCUCCUCGGAGGCUGGAACGAGGGCGAGAAGAAGUACAAGAAAUGCAUCCAGGUGUACAACCCAGACCUCAACGAAUGGACUGAGGACGAUGAGCUGCCAGAAGCCACAGUUGGUAUUUCCUGCUGUGUUGUCACCAUCCCCACACGGAAAACACGAGAGUCCAGAGCCAGUUCAGUGUCUUCUGCACCAGUCAGUAUAUAAAGCAUUAGGUGAUAUUAGUGGUGUAGUUUACAUGUCCAAUGGUCUCCAGCUAAAAUCUUGGUUCCAAACUCUACAAAUUGUGCCUUUUUGUCAGUAAAAUGUGAAAACACGUUUUUUGAUUAAACAAAUAUGAAUAAAAAUCAAGGAUUUCAAAUUUGGGAACACUGUUAUGAGAAUCAGUCAAGUGUAUUCAAGCAAAUUGAAGCCAAAACCUGAAGUCUAAAUGAAAAUUUGAACCCUUUUAAAUGUAUUUUUGGUAUUUGUGAUAAAAUUAUCAGAGUAACUGUAAAAGAAAAAAAAAAAUAGCACAUUUUCAGUUUCAGCAAAAGAGACACUUGACAUGGCAAUAAUCAAAUUUAUCAUUUUUUGACAGAAAUUUACUUGUGGGGCCAAUCAGUUGUGUUAACCUCAUCCAGCCUUUCCCUACAGCAGAUAUAUGAUGAUUUGAAGCCCAAAGGAAUAAAGUUUGAAAGACAAACAAUGCUGCUAUUGAGAUGUAUCUAUAAUACAACUGUGAGUGCAGUCAAAUGAAUGGUGCAGUUGUUGAUAUCGGAGGAUUUGUCACAGUCUUGUUGAGAGUGACUGUAGCUACUGUGAUUCUCAGAUACUUGAACAGAAAAAUAAACGGGGAAAAACUGGAGAUAGAUGAAGCGUUGGCAUCACCUGCCAGGUGUGGGUGCUCAUGAAUUGGGGUUAAAACACACAGAAAGGCUGUAUUUUCUCUACAUGUGUACCACUCAGUGGUCUUGUGUUGUCUAAUGAGUGAUCGCUGUAAACACAACCAGGAAUCUUGUUGGGAAAAUGUUGAGGGUUGAAUGGGUUUGGAUGUGAAGGAAAUAAAUUAUUUUGUAAAAAAGAAAAAGAAAAAUAUAACUCGGGGAGUGAUGUUGUUAGCCUGAGCUUUCCUGGAGGUCAGAUCAUGAAUUUCCUGAAUGCUCAUGUCUUUUCAUUUUUUGCUUGUUUUUAAAUUAAAUAAAUGAAGUGUAAGCUGUG